AUGGCCAUGUCAUUUAACGACAAUGGCGACUAUUUCCCUAUUUAUGCCGAGUGCCUCAGCUUCGAGAUGCUCACCAUCAUUCUCAGCACGGGAGGUCGCAAGGUGUUGGAGCCUACCAACGCCAAGCGGCCCAGCACGCUGCAAUUCGUGGGAGAGUGGGCCAAGGACAGAAACAUGUUCGCAUGGAUGCGCCGAAGGCUGGUGGAUCGACUGGAGAAAGAAAAUCUGACCAUGGAGAAUCACAAGUACGGGUUGACUCCCGAAACAUUCAAUGCUGAUGAGGGUCUCUCGUCCUUCUUCAACAUCCUCACCACCACUGCUGAUGAGGAUGGCAAGGAGUACAUAUCAACGGUGGAGGCCAAGAGAUACCCCUUCACUGCUCUGCAGUGGCACCCCGAGAAGAAUGCGUAUGAGUGGGGCAACCCCAUCUUCCCGCACUCUUCCGAUGCUGUGCAGAUCACACAUGCAGCCGGCACCUUCUUUGCCAGAGCUCUUAACGUGACAGCGAAGACGUCUAAAGCGAGAAAGAAUUCAGCAACGCGGACCAAGCAGCCGAAAAGGACUGAGAAACGCGUGUCCCGGACGAAUGGCGAGUCAUGGGAUGCCACGUCAGCGGCGUCGGAGCCGGAUUUUUCGUGGGCGAGUGGCACAACUGUAGCUUCUUUAGGUCGCCGUGAGGAUGACGUGGACGCGGAAGGGUCUGACGUGGCGACAAGAAGCAGAGCAACAAGGGGUUUACGUGCUGACAACAAGAAAGAGCUUGAAAAUGCAGGUACCGCUUCUGUCGCCGCGGCAGUCGCCGCAUCAACCGCCGUCCUUGAAGCUGCACCAGUCGUUCGAGAGGAGGAUAAGUCAGAGAUAAUCGCAGGCAAGCCCGCUGCUGACGUGGCUAGGGAGCGAGGACAGGAUGAGGAAGAGGAAGAGGAAGAAAUAGAGGAAGAGGAAGAGGAGUGGGAUGAGGAUUGGGAGGAGGAAGAAGAUGGAGAGGACGAAGAUGUGAGGGUAGAGUUGUGGGAGGGUGAUUUACCCCCAAUGACGGAGGAGGAGGAGCGGCAGCUGCUUCUAGAGGCGGAGCGGGAAAUCGCGCAACUGGAGGCGGAUAAAUUGGCGGGAGUUGCGCCCGCGGCGGGACGCAUGUUGGACGGUGAUUGGCUGCAGGCGGAAGCGGAGAUCGGCGCGGAGGCGGAGAUGGGCGCGGGGAAAGCGGAGCGCGGGGAAGUGGCGGAGGCGGGUAAGGGCGCAGGGGAAGAGGCGGGGGGAGCGGCCGGCGACGGCGGCGACGGAAUAGUGGCGUUCCGCCGGGAGAAAUUCGUCCCGGACGGCGGCCCGUCGGGCGGCAACGGCGGGCGGGGCGGCAACGUAAUCAUUACUGCCGACCCGGCGCUGAACUCCCUCCUGCCGUUCCGCCGGUCGGUGCACUUCAGGGCGACUCGCGGCGCGCACGGGAAGGGGAGCAACAGGCAUGGAGAGGCGGGUCGGGACAUAGAGAUUAAAGUCCCUCCGGGGACUAUUGUCCGCGAGGUGGUGGGGAGGGGGCCUGUGCGGGAUUGGGGGGUGAAGAACGGUGGGGAGGAGUGGGAGGAAGGGGAAGGGGAGGCGGAGGGGACGCAGCAGGGGGAGGGAGAGGGGCGAGCGCUGCUGGAGUUGGUGCGCGUGGGGCAGAGCGAGGUGCUGCUGGCGGGGGGUAGGGGCGGACGGGGGAACGCGGCGUUCAAGACUGGGCGUACCAACGCCCCCCAGAUCGCGGAGAAGGGGGAGGAGGGGCCAGAAAUUAACUGCACGGAGCUGCGAGUGUUGGCAGAUGCGGGCCUUGUGGGUGCACUUUUGAGGCGGCUCAAAAUUCCUCUCUGCCCGCUUUCCCGCAUCCUCCCCUCUUUCACGAGGUGGGUGCAGCUGGAGCUGCGAGUGGUGGCUGACGUGGGCAUAGUGGGCGCGGCCAACACUCUGUGGGUGCAACUGGAGCUGCGGGUGGUGGCGGAUGUGGGUAUAGUGGGCGCACCGAAUGCCGGCAAGUCAACACUGCUCGCCGCUAUCUCUGCUGCACGCCCCAAGGUGGCGAACUACCCAUUCACCACGCUCGUCCCCAACCUGGGGGUGGUGGCAGUGCCAGGGGGCUUUGACAGCAUGGUGGCCAACUACCCAUUCACCAAACUGGUCCCCAACCUGGGCGUGGUGGCGGUGCCAGGGGGCUUUGACAGCAUGGUAUGGGCGGACGUGCCUGGGCUGCUGGAGGGGGCACACGUGGGGCGAGGGCUGGGCCACCAAUUCCUGAGACACACUGAUUGUUGCCGCGUGCUGGGCUGGGCCACCACUUCCUGCUUCUCGCCCUCCCUCCUCUUACCUCAUCUUCUCGCCCUCCCUCCUCUUACCUCUGAUGCUCCCACACCCACCCUCCUCCCCCCCCCUCCCUCACAGAUCCAUGUCAUUGACGGCAGCAGCCCCCAGCCCUACCUGGAGCUCCAAGCAGUCACCAGGGAGUUAGCCCUCUUCUCGCCAUCCCUAGCUGCCAAGCCGCGAGUGAUCGUCUUCAAUAAGAUGGACCUUCCAGAUGCGCAGCACCAGUGGGGAAGCUUCCAGGAAGCCGUGCGAGAGCUGGGGCUGGGAGGGGAGGGGGAGGAGGACGGGGUGUGGUGGGGAGGGGCGGAGGGGGAAGGGGAGGGGGAGGGGGAAGGAGAGGGGAGGAGGGGUCCGGUGGUGCUGAGCAUGAGUGCUGUGACAGGGCAGGGCACACAGGAGGUGGUGCGGGCUGCGUAUGAUCUGUUGAAGCGGGUGCAGGGGGAGAGCGACGGAUGGGGGGACGAGGAGGAGGAAGAAGCCCCUAACACCACCCGCCAGCGCCUCGGCUUAGCAGCAGAGGUGCAGCGCGCAAGGCGGGCGGCAGUGAACGAGUUCCGGGUGGCAUUCGACGGCCACACGCGUGUGUUUGAAGUGACAGGGGAGGGGAUCGAGCGAUUCGUGCAGAUGACCAACUGGGAGUACUUUGAGGCAGUGAGGCGAUUCGCCCAUGUGCUGGAUGCGAGUGGCAUCAACGAGGCUCUGAGGGCGCGGGGCGUGCGGGAGGGCGACACUGUUGUCAUUGGACAGGCAGUGCGGCGCUUUGCUCACGUGUUGGAUGCGAGUGGCAUCAACGAGGCACUGAGAGCACGGGGCGUGCGGGAGGAGGACACUGUGGUCAUUGGACAGUUAGAGUUCACAUGGAGGGAGUCAGAUGACAUUAUGGAGGCAGUGGGGGGCGACUGGAAGCGCGGCAUCAGGGGAUCAAAGCUGUGGCCGCACUAG